GGCAGAGACAAGGAGAAACUUCAACUGGUGCAUAUUAUUCUUAGGUUUUAAUGCACCCCUUAGCAGCCAGCCAAAGCGAGCUCUCAGAAAUUCUGAACUCCAUCCAGAAAUCUCAGUGAAACCCUGGAAAUCAUGAGAGUUCAAACAAUUAAUGCAAGGUUCUCUUUAUUUGUUUUCCUGGUUUGGAAUUGUUAUGAUUCUGACUCCAAUUUUUCCAGCAUGGAAUUUAUAGAAAAGAAGAGCCCUGGAAGCAGCAUGAUUUCCUCUAACAGCCCCAGACUGGAAGCAUCCUCCCGUGCCUUCACAAACCAGUGCUGCUCCAUGAUAACAUCAGGGUUGUGGCCUCCGCAGCUCUGAUGUGAAGCCGUUCCCAGGGCUGCGUGCCGCUGGCGGUGUGAAACCUCUUAACAUCAGCUGAACGAUUCGUACUGGGCGUCCUUCAGCGUCACACAGAUCCCACUUCAGGAAAGCACGGCGUGCUGCGAGGCCGGUGACAAGGCCCUCUUGUACCUCCUAGCAGCAACUCUGUGUCAAAAUAUCACCAGCAGAACAAAAACCGCGGCGCCGGCAGAACGCGCUCCGCGCUGUGGAAGCCCGCCGUUCCCAUCGGAGGGGCACGGCCCCCCCCGGGGAGGCCCAGCACGGCUGCGGGGCGGCCUAAGGGACCUCCCCGCUCCGGGAAGGCGGUGGGCGCGGGAUCGAUGCCGCCCGCGGGGCACCGAACGGCGACGGAGGGGAGGUGGCGCCCGGCAAGUGCGAGGCGCUGGGGGGAGCGGGACACCACCGCCCAGCCUCGGACGGCUGCGGGCGGCGGCGGCCCCAGGCCCCGUGGCCUCCGCCUCCUCCGCCAGCACGGGGGAGGACAGCAGCUAGAGGGAGCUCCUCCGGACUGCAUCUGCCCGUGCGCCCCGGCUCCUUUCAUAGGCUCCCCCGCCUCCUCCCCUCCCUCCUUCCCCCGUGAUGGCGGAGGACAGCGAGUCUGCGGCCAGCCAGCAGAGCCUGGAGCUGGAUGACCAGGACACCUGCGGCAUAGAUGGCGACAAUGAGGAGGAGGCCGAGCACGCCAAGGGAAGUCCUGGAGGGGAUUUGGGAGCAAAGAAGAAGAAGAAGAAACAGAAGAGGAAAAAGGAGAAGCCAAAUUCUGGAGGCACCAAAUCAGAUUCUGCAUCUGACUCUCAAGAGAUUAAAAUUCAGCAGCCUUCAAAAAAUCCAGCCAUUCCAAUGCAGAAGCUUCAAGAUAUCCAGAGAGCAAUGGAGUUGCUCUCUGCAUGCCAAGGUCCAGCAAAGAACAUUGAUGAGGCUACCAAACGUAAAUACCAGUUUUGGGAUACACAACCUGUACCAAAACUUAACGAAGUCAUAACUUCUCAUGGUGCAAUUGAGCCAGAUAAGGACAAUGUCCGCCUAGAGCCAUAUUCUUUGCCACAAGGUUUUAUGUGGGACACAUUGGAUCUUAGCAAUGCUGAAGUUCUGAAGGAGUUAUACACACUGUUAAAUGAGAAUUAUGUAGAAGAUGAUGACAAUAUGUUUAGGUUCGAUUAUUCCCCUGAAUUUCUUCUGUGGGCUCUGCGUCCUCCGGGCUGGUUACCGCAGUGGCACUGUGGGGUUAGAGUGUCUUCAAACAAAAAGCUGGUAGGAUUCAUAAGUGCCAUCCCUGCAAAUAUUCGUAUUUACGACAGUGUGAAGAAGAUGGUAGAAAUCAAUUUUCUGUGUGUUCACAAGAAACUGAGAUCUAAGCGGGUGGCACCUGUACUGAUUCGGGAAAUAACCAGAAGAGUAAACCUGGAAGGGAUUUUUCAGGCUGUUUACACUGCUGGAGUGGUGCUCCCCAAACCUGUGGCCACUUGCAGGUAUUGGCAUCGAUCACUGAAUCCCAGAAAAUUGGUGGAGGUGAAAUUCUCACACUUGAGUAGAAACAUGACUCUACAAAGAACGAUGAAGCUCUACAGACUUCCUGAUGCUACAAAAACUUCAGGUUUGAGACCAAUGGAACAAAAAGAUACUAAAGCAGUACAAGAAUUAAUCAACACUUACUUGAAGCAGUUUAAUCUUGCUCCUGUGAUGGAUGAAGAAGAGGUGGCCCAUUGGUUCCUGCCUCGGGAACAUAUUAUUGACACUUUUGUUGUAGAGGGCUCAAAUGGUGUUUUAACAGACUUCCUGAGUUUCUACACAUUACCUUCAACAGUGAUGCACCAUCCUGUUCAUAAAAGCCUGAAAGCUGCCUAUUCCUUUUACAAUAUUCAUACAGAGACCCCCCUCUUGGAUUUAAUGAAUGAUGCACUCAUAAUAGCUAAGUUGAAAGGAUUUGAUGUGUUCAAUGCACUAGACUUGAUGGAAAACAAAACGUUCCUGGAAAAACUCAAGUUUGGGAUUGGAGAUGGAAAUUUGCAGUAUUAUUUAUACAACUGGAGGUGUCCUGGCAUGGAGUCUGAAAAGGUUGGUCUUGUAUUACAAUGAGGACACAUGUUUCUAGAACUCUGAGGUCAUCAUUUGAAUUAAUUUGAUCUCCAUAACUCUUGGAAUGAUACUGUUCAAGAGGAGUUAAAGCACAACGUCAGUGAUACUGAAAUAGUCCAUUAAACCUGAACGAUGAAGAAAUCCACAUGUGACCAAAUUUAUGCAUUUUCAGAUAAAUCAGAAGGUCCUUGAAACUUUUAUUGUCCAUGAAAAGAAUAAAAGCACAUUCAUUUAAGUUUCAAAGCUUAGCUUGCACCUUGAUGAGAAGAAGGUAUUUUUUUUUCCACUCUGUAGAAAAGACUGUUUUGUAUAAACUGAACUUCAGU